ACGGUUACAUAAUAAUAUCAUAACAGAGAAACAUUAGCAUCCCAUGAUUCCUUUGUGUCUCACACACAACACAACAGAACACAACAGAACACAACAGAAGCUUGAAAAUUGUGAUUUGGCUCCCUCAUUUUUCUGACUACGUAAUUUAAUUUAGUUUUUGCCAAGUACGAAGGGAAACAGCAUGGACUAUCCGAGUCCAACUACAAGUUCAAUCCUUUCUCAAUUUUGAUUGGACUGGUUGUGAUUCUGGACCCAGCAAGUGGGUUUCUUUUCAAAUUUUAAUUCUAGGUGUCAGCCAACUGCUCUGUCCUCAGAAUUAGUUCAAAACAUUGAAAAAGCUCCUCAAAUUUAUUUUUUUUUUCUUUUCAUUCAUGGAUAAGUUGUGCUGUUUUAAGGCUUCCUACUCUCAGGACUAUUCAAUUUCUAUGUGUUGGUUACUUUACAGCUUGUAGCAGCACGUUCUUCAUCCAGCACUGGUAAGGGGAAAAACCAUGAAGGUUCAAUAAAGUACGGUUUCAGCCUUGUAAAAGGGAAAGCUAAUCACCCAAUGGAGGAUUAUCAUGUUGCCAAGUUUGUGCAGAUAAAGAAUCACGAAUUGGGGUUAUUUGCUAUUUAUGAUGGUCACUUAGGUGACCGUGUGCCUGCCUAUUUACAGAAACAUUUGUUUACCAACAUUUUGAGGGAGGAGGAAUUUUGGGAAGACCCCACUCUUUCUAUCUCAAAGGCAUAUGAGAGCACAGAUCAAGAAAUUCUAUCGCACAGUUCUGAUCUUGGGCGUGGUGGAUCAACAGCUGUGACUGCUAUAUUAAUCAACGGGCGAAGAUUAUGGAUAGCUAAUGUUGGAGACUCGCGAGCUGUUAUUUCAAGAAAAGGUCAAGCUGGACAAAUGACUACAGAUCAUGAGCCUAACAUGGAACGAUGCAGCAUUGAGACUAGAGGUGGUUUUGUCUCUAACUUGCCAGGUGAUGUGCCUAGAGUAAAUGGACAACUUGCUGUUUCUCGUGCAUUUGGAGACAAGAGUCUCAAGUCACAUUUGCGAUCAGACCCUGAUGUACAGAAUACUGACAUAGAUGUUGAUACCGAGAUUCUAGUCCUUGCAAGUGAUGGACUAUGGAAGGUAAUGACUAAUCAAGAGGCGGUGGAUAUUGCUAGAAGAGCAAGAGAUCCUCAGAAAGCAGCUAAGCAACUAACAGCUGAAGCAUUAAAAAGAGAUAGUAAAGAUGAUAUAUCUUGCGUUGUGGUUAAAUUCAGGUGAUGAUAUCUUUCAAAUGCUGGGUGCAGUUUAUAACAAUAAUAAAGGUUAUGGUCUGGACCAAACAACAUAUUAUUACAUACUUGUUUGGGUUAGUCCUGGCUGAAUUCUUCUGAAUAGGUAAUUUGCCAAAGAGGUAAAAAAAAAAAAAAAAAAGGCUUUGUCUAGAUCUAAAGUUAUUUUUUUUAUUAGAUUUUAAUUGUGGUUUGAGAGUGUUUGAUUUAUUUCUGCAAAAGUGUGACUACUCAGAUUCUGCUGUAUAUUGUCAUUUUAUUCUUCAUAAAAGACCUAGCGGCUGUGUAAAAGACGAAUAUGCUUCUAGUUAUUGAUUGGGGUAUAGUGAGUGCUAGGAUAAUUGGUCCUAUUCACGGUUGUAUACCACAUUCUUUGAUAGA